AUGAAAGAUAAACCAUAUGCUAGUAUGAUUGGGAGACUGAUGUAUGCCCAAGUGUGCACGAGACCUGACAUAGCUUUUGCUGUGAAUGUUCUUGGUCGAUAUGUUGCUGAUCCUGGUUCUGAUCAUUGGGUGGUGGGAUAUUCUGAUUCAGACUUCAGUGGAUGUCCUAAUGACUUCAAAUCCACUUCAAGGUACAUCUUUAUGCUUGCAGGUGGGGCCAUAUCUUAG